AUGUUCAGUGUCACAACUUUGUUGGCAGAAUUGAAAGCCAAUGAGCAGCUCCUUGAAGCCAGGAAUAUGGAUGAUAAGCUUGCCCAAGGCCUGACCCAGCAAGCCACCUACAAGCUUUCCAAGAUGAAUGGACUGACCAGCCCAGAUGCUGUCAUGUUGCUGAAUCACAUCAAGCCAUCCAAGCUUCCAACAAACAUGAAGGAUGCCAUCACCAAAGAGGUGGACAAAUUGAUGGUGAAUGCCAAUGGAAACAUUGCUUGCAAGGUCACCACUGCAGCCGGUGCCUGUGACCACCUCAACCAAUAUUUAACUAAGGAAGAUUGGUCCCAGUUGGAAUCCACCAAUUCAUGGGAAGGAGCCAUUGUGUUGGCCAAAAGGCUGAAGUACAUGGGUGUCAAGAGCAUCAAAGAGACCACCAAGAGGGCAGCUGUUGCCAUUUUGCUGUGCAUCCAACAGCAGCAAGGGUGCAAGAAGUUGCCACCAUACCAUGCUAUUUACAAUUUGGUGGGGCACUUGAGCCAAGCUGUGGCCAACCAGCCAGAUGCUCCAUAUAGUGUUCCAUGCCUCCAAGUUUACCCAGAAGACCCACAGUCCCUGGGCCAGGAGGUGCUCCAAUUGGUUUACCAAGACAAGAAGCCUGAGGCCAGGUACUUUGACCAGAUGGCUUUGAUCAUGGCCCACCACAUUCCAGACAACCCUUGUGCAGCCAGCCACACAUGGCAAUGCACCAACACAUGCCUUGCAGCCAAAUGCAUUUCCAUUGAGUUUGCACCAGAUAACCAGCAAGGCCACCAGGAGCUAAGCUAUGGGAGCCAGCCAUGCAAUAGCCAAGCUUUGCCUUUGCAAUGCAAUGCACCAGAAUGCCAGCAAGUGCCAAGCCAAGGGGCUCAGCAUCCCAAUGGCCAAGCUUUGUCUUUACAGAGCAAGCAAGCUGCAUCCCAGAGCCAGCAAGCUGCACCCCAAGUGGCUGCACCAUCAGAAGCAAUUGUGCCUGUGCAAGCACCAGACAAUCUGAACCAAGAGGCUGCCAAAAACAAGAAUGGAAAGGCUACCAAGACACUGGACCGGUGGAACCAACAAGCUUUCAAUGCAAUGUUAGAAAAGCAGCAACCCCAGAAGAUGAAAAGAGCUGCAGCUGCCAAGGCCGCCAAGACUGCCAAGGUUGCCAAGACUGACAAGGCCAAGGGUGCCAACAAAGAGAAGAAGCCAAAUGCCAAGGCCAAUGCCACUUCCAAAGGCAGAGGGCCAUAUGGUUGCAUCAGGUGCAGAGGCAACUUGAAAGGUUGUGCCACCUGCAGAAAGCCAGGUUUCAAAGGUUUGAAGGUCCAUGGCAGAAAGGCUUGGUACCGGAUGUGCCCCAAUGCCAAGUAG